UGUAUAUCCCCAAUUUUUGACUCGAGAAUUUUAUGUAUGUGAUACACCCACUGACUUUCUCUCUCUCUCUCUCUUUCUUUCCUUCGUCGUCCUUCCUUUCUAUUAGCAGACAUAUCCAAGCAGCAGAAAAGAACUCCAACUCCUCGGCUGCUUUGUCUUUGCAUAUUCCCCCUCCCCACCCUCCACCUAUUCAUCCAACCUGUGCUUUUGCGCCAACCUUCAACGACGGCUAAAACGGAACCAACAACACUAACUUAGCGACGCACAAUGGAGAACCUGCUCACCAUCAACAGCAGCACAACUGCUGCUGCAGCAUGCGACGAUACCCUUGACAUUGACACCUUUUUCCGAGAACAGCUUGCUCCUUUACUGCAAAAGUUCAAGUAUAGACUCUCACAGUUUGAGCAUUCCGUCAACAAUGACAGCAAGCGUUUGUUGCAAGAGUACAGCCGGACCAAAUUAAAACGAGCUUAUGAGGUUCUGGAGAGGCUCGAGCAGGAAUGGCACCAUCGUUGGAAGGCUUGUUCAUUUGCCGAUAAGAACAACAUGUUGCAGCAACAAGCCAUGUUGCGAUCGUACAUGGCACAGACACUGGAACAAUCGCUGGCCGACUUGUCCGAAAAAUACCGCGAGUUGGAAAUUACCCUUGUAGGCUCGGCCGACGAUUAUUAUUUCGAAACCACGCUGGAUGACACCAUCGAUGCCAUGAUGUCCAAGAUUGAAGAAGUCGACAGCCGAGUUUCGGAUACGAUUGAACGAGCCAUGGAGGUCGGUAGCAAGGUCCAUGAAAAGAUCCACAAGGUAGCUGGCCGUGCAAGCGAGCAAAUGGAUCACCUGAAGGAUGCCAUGACGAAAGGUGCCAUGGAGCUUUUGCUGUAUGAAGAAUUGCCUGUUCCUUGGAGAAACAAUCAGCAUAUCCUCACGGGCUACCGAUUCUUAUCGACACCUGCACAAUGCUGGCACUCCCUUUCGUACCUGCAUAACGAGACAGGCAACAUUUACACCCAUCUGAUUGGCUUUGUUGUCUUCCUGUGCAUUGGCAUCUACGAGCUCUUCUACUCGCCCUUACUUUCGGAAGCGCCGCUGAUCGACCGAGUUAUCUUUGCCGUGUUCUUCUGCGCCGCGUGCAAAUGCCUCGUGUGCUCGACAGUGUGGCACACCUUGUCUGGAAUCAACGACUAUGCAAUCUUUAAGCGUGUCGCCUGCCUGGAUUACGUUGGAAUCUCUGUACUCAUCUGUGCCAGUGUGGUCUUGACCGAGUACUAUGGAUUCUACUGCCACGACAUGUGGCGUAAUACUUACAUGCUUGGCACCGGCACCUUGGCCGUGAUCGGCACGAUCAUCCCAUUCAUGGACUGGUUUGAAAAGCGUGAAAUGAAAUGGUUGAGAAUAACGUUCUUCAUCACGCUCGCGGCGUCGGCAGCAUUUCCUGUGGGACAUCUGUAUGCAACCUACGGACCAGAACCAAUGAACGCAUGGUUAUCGCCGGUAAUGAAAUCGAUCGCAUGCUACCUCCUUGGCGUGGUUGUCUAUGGAAACCAAUGGCCCGAAGCUUUCUGGCCUGGCAAGUUUGAUAAUCUCGGUCACUCUCACCAACUAUGGCAUCUAUUUGUUUGCGGCGGUAUUUGGUAUCAUUACCUUGCUGCUGUGAGCUUUGUUGGCCAGCGCGAAGUCUUUGGCUUUUGCUCGGCAGCAUGAUUCAUUCAACCAAUUAUUACUUGGUAGCAGCAUCAUUAGAUCUUCAUCCAAUUUACAUUAGUUUUCUACUUCCUCCUCCUCCUCUAUUUUCCUUGUAUUCAUUUUAUCACAACAAACAACACCAUCAUCACCACUAUCACUAUCACCAUCGCUAUUUAUCAGCAGCAACUCCUGCUUUUAUCGUCAUGUAGAACACAGCAAAAAAAAGUUUGGGUACCCUAUAGAUUACAAAAAUACAAAGAACCUAAUAAUAUAAUAUAACGACGUUAAAUACAGACAUAAUUCUUGCCUCAUCACAC